AUGGAGACAACACCGCCGCGCUCUUACGCGGCGGUGUUAAACACGAAUCCCGAGUCGCCGCCGCACGCGCCUCCGCGCCCGUCGCUCCGGACGGCGCCUACACCAUCGCCGAAGCCCGUGAGACUCCAGCCACCGCUCGCACCCGCGAGCAAAAAGAUCCCGCCCAUCGUGGUCGACCGGCUGCCUGACUGGCCCCACCACCUCCGCAAGCUGCGGGAGUUGCUGGGCCACAUCCCCAACGCGCGCCCAGCCACGGGACUCUCCUGGUUUGCGUACGCCCCACCGGCGGAGCGCUCACUGAAGCUGGCCAUCCGUGGCCUACCCAUGGAUACCGACGUUGCUGAGUUGGGGGAGGAGCUGCGCGCCCGCGGCUUCGACCCACAGUUCAUCCGCCCCAUCCAGGCUCGCGAGGGAAGAACAGGCUGCCUCUUCUUCGCGGAGAUCCGUAGGACGCUGGGAUUCCAGCGUGUCUAUGAGAUCUCCGAGCUCCUCUGCAUGCCCGGCGUCAAGGUCGAGGCGUGGAGGGGACGAAGAGGAGCAGCGCAGUGCCACCGCUGCCAGCAGUUCCGGCAUAGCAGCCAUAACUGCCACCGCCCUGCCGCCUGUGUCCGUUGUGGUGAAAACCAUACGGCCAAGGAGUGCCUGCGCCCCCGGGAAGUUCCGGCAACCUGCGUGAACUGCGGGGGAACACACCCGGCGAACAGCUCUUCCUGCCCGGUCAAGUUACGCGAGCUGCGUAACACCAAGGCGGGUGCGGCGCCCAUGACCGGCGCAAGAAGAGCCGCUCCACCAGCAGCCUCCACUGUGGACCCCAACAUCGAGCCGACCGCGCGGAGCUCGCUUAUGGCCGCGGCGAACGGCCCAGCCGGGCCCAAGCCGCAGAGACCGAAGCGCAUCCGCAAGAGGGCAAAACCGGCCCCCACUGCCACCACCAUCGUCGAGCAGCAGCCAGCGCCAACUCCGACGCCGAACCAAGCGGUCGCCGCCCCUACCAAGGGGAAGAAGGCGAAGCCCCGCGCGGAGAUACCACCGGCCCCCUCCAGUGAGAAGCUGGAAGUACUGGAGCAGACUAUCCAGCUGCUCCACAACGUACUGGCCGCCAUACGUUCCCAGACUGACCCUGUGCCCAUCAUCGAUCGAAGGGGCCACAUAAAUUCUCCUUCGAGCCGGAUUGAAGAAACAGCGGAUAUGAAGACUAGGAGCAUGAAGUCCGUAGAAACUCGCCCAACGCCGACCGCCGCCGAGUCGGCACCCGCCGCCGCCGCCGCCGCCGUCGCCCCCGUCGUCACGACUACGUCGACCACCGCCGCGUCAACGUCAGUCACGGCCGCCGUUAGGACUGCGCCGACCACAGCCGCGUCGACGCCAGUCACCGCCCCCCCGCUGACCAGGAAACCCAGCACAAGCCGUACAGCCACGGCUACCAGCACAGAGGACAGCUCGGGCACUACCGCAACGACGACGACGGGAACCGCCACUACUACGACGACUGCAACGACGACGGAGGAAUCUACGGGGGAAAGCACGCACGACACGACACUACGGCCCAAGUCGGUGAAGCGUGCACCGACAGCGCCGCGUUCCUCAGCGUCGAAGGGACGUCGCCUGGCGCUGCUGAAGGCUAAAGAAGAAUUGUUGAAGAAGGAAGUGGAGCUAGCGGCGGCGAAGAUCGCCACAUUAGAAGCGGAAUCAGACGACGACGAUACGGAUAUAGUCAGCGUGAGCGAAAUGCAAGAGCGCACCAAGACGUGGGUGGACCAGCUUCCCGCCGCCGAGGAAGACCCGUCCCCCCCGCAGCCGUCCGCCGCCGCCGCCGUCCCCCCCGCUGCCGCCGUUUUCCCCGCUGCCACCGUAAAGGAUCAUGAGAAGCCGAAACACAGGAGUAUAGAAGAGAAGCCAACAACUUUCGAUUACAGUCAACUAGCGACAGCGAUAGCAUCGGCCGCACGAGCAGUACCAGCCGCCAUCGCCCCGCGCUCCGUGCCUGAGCUGCCCAUCUUCAGCGGAGCGUCGAGUGAAUGGCUAGUUUUCAAGACCGCCUAUGAAGAGACUGCAGUAUAUUUGACGGAGCAAGAAAACUUAUCAAGACUACGUCGGAGCCUUCGGGGAGCAGCAAGAGAUGCCGCCCAAUGUUUAUUCAUCGGUGCAACCACGACUGCCGACGUGAUGCGAUUGCUGUCUACGCGCUUCGGGCGGCCGGACGCCCUCGUCAUGGCCGAACUGGAGAAGCUGCGGGCCCUACCACGUCUGACCGAAUCACCGAGGGACAUUUGCACCUUCGCCACGAGGAUAUCAAACAUUACAGCAACCAUCAGGGCAUUGAAGAAGACACAUUACCUGCAUAACCCGGAAGUAGUUCGACACGUAGUGGAGAAGAUGCCGUCAGCACUGCGAUAUAGGUACUACGAUUUUGCGGCCGAACAAGAUGAAGAGGAACCAGACUUGAUGAAGCUAGCAAGUUUCAUGGAGAGAACAGCGGAGCGGUGCGGCAGCUUCGCGCCCGUGGAAGCCACACCAGUCGUCGACCGGCGGGAGAACGCGUCCGCUCCACUGAGGCGGACAAUGAGGACUCACCACAUAGAAGAAAAGAAGAUAAACGUCACGGCCGGUGACAAUAGGAAACAAUGUCCAGUCUGCGAAAAGGAAACACACCACGUCACCGAAUGUGCAGAUUUCAAGAAGACAGAGGUCAACGAGCGCUGGGAAACCGCGAAGAAACAUAGGUUGUGUUUCCGCUGCCUGAAACGGAGGAAGUUCGGCCACACAUGUCCCACGAGGAGGUGCGACGUCGGCGGGUGCAAGUACUCGCACCACCGCCUACUGCACUCCGAGCCGGAACAACGAGCGUCCAUCCACGCGGGAACUCACAUAGAAGAAGACCCAGUAAUAGCCACUAUAGCGUCGACAAGAGAAAGGAAGAAUACUACAGCACUAUUGAAGAUUCUGCCGGUUCGUGUAAGUGGACCUAAGGGGACUCACUGCACGUACGCACUUCUCGACGAUGGAUCAACGUGCACAUUAAUAGAGGCGGCGGUGGCGGAACACAUCGGCGUAUCGGGACCUCCGGAGCCAUUUUACAUAGAAGGAGUAGCCGGGGCACGAGUGGACGCCGGCGCUUCGAGAAGAGUUACCUUCGACAUCAGCGCGCCAGAGGACACGCACAGCUACAGCAUCUCAGCGCGCACGAUGAAGAACCUGCAGUUAUCGCCGCAGAGCGUGCCGGCGUGCGCCGUGACGGGACAGAGCCACCUAGAAGACCUACAAGACCAGCUGACUUAUCACCGGGGAACGCCAACCGUAUUAAUAGGACAAGACAACUGGCAGCUACUCCUGGCACAUGAAGUCAGACGCGAGCAAGACAGCCAACUGGUCGCCGCGCGCACGGACCUAGGAUGGGUGUUGCACGGAGUGCGGCACACACCGGCGGGAGGGCCCGCUCAUCGAGUACAUCACGCGAGGAUCGUAGAAGAUGAUCAAGCAAUAGAAAAACUGCUUCGAGACCACUUCGCAUUGGAAGUCCUAGGAGUGGAACCGAAACAUUUCCACACAGAGGAAGAAAGAAGAGCGCUUGAAACACUAGAGAGGACCACUCGCCGCACAAACGAAGGAUACGAAACGGGCUUACUCUGGAGGAGCGACGACUACGACCCUCCUAAUAGCUACGAAGCCGCCCUGAGAAGACUUCAAGCCAUAGAGAGGAAGUUAGAUCGCGAUGAAGAAAUGAAAAGGCGGUACGAGAAGCAGAUGAACACGCUGAUAGAGAACGGCUAUGCAGAAGUCGCGCCCACGCCGCCGAAGGGAAAAACGAAGAUUUGGUACUUACCACACUUUGCAGUUAUGAACCCGCAGAAACCAGAGAAAUUGAGGAUCGUCCACGAUGCGGCCGCAAAGGUGCGAGGAGUCAGCCUGAACGACAUGUUACUGUCCGGGCCGGACCUACUUCGAUCCCUACCAGGAGUGCUGAUGAAGUUCCGGCAAAGAAGAGUGGCGGUGACGGCUGACAUAAAGGACAUGUUUAUGCGGAUCUCAAUAAGGACGGAAGAUCGAGACAUGCAGCGCUUCCUCUGGCGCGGAAAUAGAAGAGAGGGACCCCCUGUCGAGUAUCGCAUGAAGAGUGUAAUAUUCGGCGCUACUUCAUCCCCCUGCACGGCAAUCUUCGUGAAGAAUAGGAACGCCGAACAAUAUAGAGAAGAAUAUCCGGCGGCGGCGGCGGCAAUCAUCAACAAUCACUACGUCGACGACUACUUGGCAAGCUUCGAUACGGAAGAGGAAGCAAUACAAGUCUCCAGUCAAGUGGCCUAUAUACAUAGCCGCGCCAACUACUAUCUACAGAAAUGGGCAUCGAGCUCCAGACUCGUACUAUCAUCAUUGGCGCCCGAGGCGAAAGAAGACAUCGUCAAGCUUGCUCCCGAAAAGAUACUGGGAAUGAUAUGGUACCCAGAGCGCGACACGCUGUCCUUCAAUAUGAAUGAAGCCCGGAUACCCACCGACAUACUACACGGCGAGCGCGUGCCAACGAAGAGGGAAGCGUUACGAACGACGAUGUCACUCUACGACCCGCUGGGAAUCGCCACGCCCGUGACCAUACAAGCGAAGCGCAUCAUUCAGGACACCUGGCGCACCGGAAUAGGAUGGGACGACGCGCUGCCUACCCCCGAAGCAGAAGCAUGGAAAAAAUGGACGGAGCAUGCGCGGCGCCUCUCACAACUAGCCGUACCUCGGUGCUAUGCCUCGCUCACAUGCGCCCGGUUCGUGGAGCUACACACCUUCGUGGACGCAAGCAGCUCUGCCUACGCCGCUGCGGUAUACUGGCGAAUCGUCGACGAGGACGGGAAAAUACACAUCUCGCUCAUCGCCGGCAAAGGGAGAGUGGCGCCUAUCAGCAAGAUGACAUCGAUACCACGACUGGAGCUCCAAGCGGCCGUAAUGGGCUGCCGCCUAGCCCGCACAGCGCAAGAGGAACACGACAUCAAGCCUGCACGUCGUUACUUCUGGAGCGACUCUAGGACCGUCCUAUCAUGGUUGCGAACGGGACCACGAGCCUACAAGCCCUUCGUAGCUCAUCGAGUCGCCGAGAUAGCAGAGGAGACUAAGACAAACGAAUGGCGUUGGGUAUCAACGAGAGACAACCCGGCCGACGACGCUACACGAGGAACGCCGAAAGACUUCGCCUCCGAGCAUCGUUGGUUCCGCGGCCCGCCUUUCCUGUAUCGACCAGAAGACACCUGGCCGGCGGAGGACAUCUCAGAGACUAUUGAACACACAAACGAGGAGAGAGUGCACGCGACGUCCGCCGCAGAAAGAACAGGGAAGGCGCUACCCGACAUAACACGUUUUUCAUCGUGGGCAAAACUACUACGUGUCACGGCGCGUGUCCUACAAUUCAUAGAAAAACUAAAGGGAAGAGAAAGGUGUGCCGCCGCUAGAAAACGCACCAAGAAACGUGCGGAGGAAGACCCGACGUGGAAGAAGGUACAGGCGCACAGAGAAACGGGACGAGGCACAGGACACAAACAUGCGCCGAGACAGCAGAGAAAGAUCGUGCCUCUCGCGGCACGAUACUUGCAUCGCGCACGGCAACUAUGGAUACGCGCCGUGCAGGAAGAGGCCUUCAGCGCGGAGCUAGAAGCUAUAAGAAGAAAGAAGCCCCUGCCGGCCGACAGUCGACUCAAGCAACUGUCGAUUAUGAUUGACGAAGAGGGACUAAUACAUCUACGCUCGAGGAUCGCCGCCGCCGCCGACAUCACAACAGAACAACGGGAGCCCGUCAUCCUGGAUGGAGACCACCGAUGGACGCGGCUGUACAUCAAGUGGGUGCACACGCAAUUACACCACGGAGGGUUUGAAACAACGGCAAAUGAGGUGCGACAGCACUACUGGGUGUUGCGCCUCCGCCACGCCGUGCGCAACGAACUGAAGAAAUGCCAGGUCUGCCGCAUCCGUCGGGCCACGCCAGCCCAACCAUCGACAGGCAAUCAUCCAAGGAGCCGUCUAGCCCAUCACCAGCGGCCCUUCACCUACACGGGGCUUGACUACUUUGGGCCCAUGACAGUCACCGUGGGUCGCGCACGUCAGAAGAGGUACGGAGUCCUCUUCACCUGCCUAACCACCAGGGCAGUGCACCUGGAACUCGCCGGGAGCCUCAGCACCGACUCUGCAGUAAUGGCACUGCGGCGCUUCAUAGGCCGCCGCGGGUGCCCCACCGAGCUCUGGUCAGACCAGGGUACCAACCUGCGCGGUGCGGACGUCGAGAUGAAGCACGCCGUCGAGGAGGCCAUACAACAAGAAGCCUCCGCUCGCUUCAUCACCUGGAAGUUCAUCCCUCCUAGCGCGCCAUUCAUGGGAGGCGCGUGGGAGAGACUGGUCCGCAGCGUCAAAUCAGCACUAGCCGUGGUGCUGCACGAGCGCGCGCCAAAAGAAGAAGUCCUGACAACGCUACUGGUGGAGGCCGAGCACACCAUCAACAGUCGACCCCUCACACACGUGUCGACAUCACCGGAGGACCCAGAGGCCCUCACUCCGAACCACUUCAUCCUGGGAGGUCCAUCACGGGUGCCGAUGCCAGGCGCCUUCACGGAGGGCGACGACGCCGGCCGCAAAGACUGGAGGAAGAGCCAACGCCUAGCCGACAUGUUCUGGGCGCGAUGGGUACGGGAGUACCUACCUGAACUCCAACACCGGCGGGAGCCCCGAGCCAGCAAGGGUUCCAUCUCCGUGGGCGAUUUAGUAUUGAUCGCUGACGGCACGCUGCCUCGCAACUCGUGGCCGCGAGGUGUCGUCGUGGCUGCCUACCCCGGACCAGACGGCGAGACGAGGGCGGUCGACGUGAGGACAACGAAGGGGAUCCUGCGGCGGCCAACGAAGAAGCUGGUCAUCCUGCCAACAUCGCCACCCGAGGACGGCGAACCGUAG